AUGGGUGGAUGGAGGCUGGGGGCAGGAAGAGGAGGAAGUGAAGAAGGGGGCGAUGCCCGGGAGGGCUCUGGGCGAGUAACCAAUUCCUUCACUGGGGGCAGGCGGGAGUCUCCAGGGUCAUUAUGGGGCAACCUGUGCAGGGAAGGGAGGAUAGAGGUUUCCGGAAGUCUCUCGCUCUCCCUCCUGCCUGCUCCCCUCCUUGGCCUAGCGGUUGAUUGCGAGGAGCAGCGGAAGGAAGGAUGUAUCAAACAGAAAGAAGAAAGGACCCCUGCCGGUCGACCCCUGACAUCCGACUCUGAACGGCAGCGAUCGGGAGGCCGCGGCGUGUUGCAGAUUAACAGCAGCGAGGGCAGGAGGCAAAUCAGAUGCCUCGGGAGCUGGCUGUUUCCUUUAGCCCUGAGAGCUGACUGUAGGCACAGAUUCCAUAUCAAAGGCAACGGGAAUCAGACUGUGGCAAUAUUACAUCAGGCAAAACUUAGAGUACAAGUGUAUGCUGAAUCUCCAGAUAGAGCAAGAGAAGCCCAACUUGGGGGAGAUGACUGGAUCUUGAUUACCUGGGAUAAAAAGAGAUCCAUUUAUGGGACCUUUUCAGAAGAGCCUCUUAAGACACGUGUUUCACAAUGCGGUCAAAUGCGUGCUGCUGUACGACCAUGCUAUUUGAACUGCUUCAGCAUCAACUAAUUAAUCUGCAAGUGAAGAACACUUUCAGCAUUACUCUAUAAUUAGACAAUCUCAGGAGGAAACAAGAGGAUUUCAGAGGGGAGUCAGAUGAUUUUGCAGACCACUACAUCAUUUAUUUUUGCACCAUUCAGAUUAUGCCUCCAAAUCCUAUGGAUAGCAACCGCAGAAGAGACAAAACCCAACAGCAUCAACAACAGAGGAUCUCAGUUCAGGAAGAUAUGAAACCCUUUGUAAUAAAGAGAGCAACAGUCGUGAA